AUGGCCUACUACCUACUCCCCCGUGACAUCGUCAAUGAUGUCAAAUCGGCGCCAGAGACAUUCAGCAGCUGGGAUAAAUGCAUGCAGAAGGCCUAUUGCAAAUGGCCUGCUAUAAUAGGAAUUAUCGUCGGCUCACUCAUUCUCCUCUCCCUUAUCUGGUGCUUCGCCCGUUGUCUUUGCUGUGGUGCCGAACUCUGCGCAUGUUGCUUUCGGUGCUGUCCUUGUGGUUCUGGUGGCCGACGGCGCGACAGGACCAAGUUUCAAGACGACUAUUCUCGCAUGCCUCCAACUCCUUAUGGAGGGUACCAACCUGCUCCUGCACCUGCACCUAUGGCAUAUGGUGCCAACCAUAUGACUCCACAAUUUGCUACCUUCGAUGAGCCGAGCAAGAGAAUCAACGAGGACAGUCUUCCUCCCAUGCCUAGCUGGGAUACUGCCGUCAAAAGGAGGGUCGAGGAUACUAGUGAACCUUUAAAUCCCAACAAGGAAGGUGAUUUGGAAAUGGGAAGACUUGAGCCGCAACACUCUCGCAUGAGAAGUGGUUACAAUGCUGUACCCAAUGGCCCAACAUCACCUGUACCACCACAAACGCAUGAAGAAUAUUUCGAUAAUACACAUUCGUAUCAGUCGGACCUAGGCGCUCAAAGGAUGAACUCGAACACCUAUAACAAUUUCCAAUCUGUGCCCUUGAGCCCGCCACCGACAUAUCGAUCACAUUCCGUUGCGCCAUCUAUGACAUCUGACAGGUUCAGACCUGGUGUGGUCAGCCCGAGCCCAGCAGAACACAACCAGCCUUACCACCAGCCAUAUUCCUCCCCUCAACCCUCGUAUAGUCCUAGUGGAGUGAACACCAGGUACGAACCACCAGCAGAUUACUCUUCCAGCAGAAUAAGCAUGCCGAGCAUGCCAGAGCCGCAAAAUACACAGUCGCAAUAUCAAGCGCGACCGCCAAGCUUUCUACAGGUCGGACGGAAACCUGUUCAUGGAAGUCUACGAGAGGUUUGA